AUGCCUUACAUAGGGAAUUGUUUGGGAACUAUAAAUGAAGUGGCCAAUAUGAUGAGAAAUAAUACUCAAAGCGGUGAUAUUCUAAAGAGGUAUAUUGAGAAUCUUGUGCCAGAAACUCAAAAAAGCCGCCUCCUUCGCCUGUGUGAUACAAGAUUCAUCGAAAGACAAGAUUCUGUCCAUACAUUUGUCGAAGUAUUUCCAGCCAUAGUUGCUACUUUGGAAGAGUUAUCUACGUCCAAUAGAGCAAUAUCGUCUUCAGCUGCCAAUCUUCUAGCCUCUAUCGAAAAAGGAAGUUUUCUCGUUGCAAUGGUGGUGUGUGAAUUCAUAUUCAGCAUCACCCUUCCUCUUUCAAAAUAUCUCCAGAAACCUGAGAGUGACUUGUCAUCUGCCCUAAAAUUUGCUGAUGACACGGUUGAACGUCUGAAGGAUUUGCGUAAACCAUCCGAAAAUGGAGACAGCAGUGAUAUCAGGCAAUUCCAUCGGUUAUUUGAAAAGGCUGAAAAAAUGUCUCAAGAUAAUUUUAGAACAGCAAUUGUUGUGCCCCGGCUAGUGGGGAAGCAAACUAAAAGAGACAACCCCCCUUACUCUACUCCUGAAGAAUAUUAUCGUCGAUCAAUAUUCAUACCAUGUGUAGAUUCAUUGAUUUCUAAUUUGGUUGAGCGGUUUGGGAAAAACAGAGAUAUUUUGGAAGCUCUAGAUUGUUUACUCCCCAAGAAUGUAAAAGAAACAAACAUUCACAAACUGAAAACACUGAAGCUGUUCUACGAUAGUCAGUGGUCUGAUUGUGAGGUCGAUGCAGAGUAUAUGCUGUGGAAUACAAAAUGGAAAAAUAUACAAGAAUCUGAAAUUCCUAAGAAAAUCAUGUCGGUUCUAGAUGCCUGCGAUAAAAGCUUCUACCCUGCUAUCAAAUAUUUGCUCCAGGUAACUAUUUAUUAUUAUACAACUAAGUAG